AUGGCGGGAGAGACUUCGAGAUCUGGAGAGUGAGAUAUACCACAGAUUUGUCGACCAUACAAGUAAACAGGUAAAAAAGCUAAUAGAUCAUCCUCUUUUGCAAUCUCUUUUGUGCACAGGAAUCAGUCCUUAUGUGAGUCUCAGUUGUGAAUUCUUCAACCAGGCACUAAAACGAUCAAAAUCCUACAAUGUGUGGCUGAAAACGGAUACUUUUGAGACACUUAAAACGUUGAACAAAUAGGUUAUAAGAACCUAAAAACUGUUUUUUGUUGUUUUGAAUCUUAUUUAAGUCCUGGUUUCGUUUCUUUCAGUUUUCCACCUUCUUUGAAAGAAAUCAUUACUUCACCGGUGUCAACAUCAGCAACUUCAGGUUUAGUACCAUAUCUGCAUUCUUACAUGAUUGACUCAUUCUUAUGGAAGAGUUUUAGGUUUUCAUUUAACUUUGAAAUAAGCUGUAAAUAAGCUUCACUUCAUGGAGAAAGAAAACUUUUCUAAAGCGACAGUGUUCAUGCAAUUUUCCCGCUUGAGUUGGACGCCAGGUUGCCCAGAUUCCCGCUAAGAAAAUACUCCCCUAGCACUGAGUCGGGCUUACUCCGGAACUCCCCUCCCCCUGCUCUGCUCGUACGCUGAUGUGCAUCGAUAGGUUUCCAUUUUCUAUAGCUUCCGCCGCAAAAAAAAAACAACAACAGCAACAAAAGUCAAUUUCUUUUCACUCCAUUAAGACAAUCGGUUUUUUCAAUGUUUAUGCAAUGCCUGAAAGACACCCCUUGAAGAUUAUUCUUAAUUCAAAGUACAUGAAUGAAUACUGGUAAAUAAAUAAGACGACCUGUGUUCCUCUCUUAGUGCCGGAAGUGUUGUAGUCAAUCUAGAGCUGUCAUUUAGCCAGCUAUCUUAUGAGGACAUUCUACGGCUGGAGGAGGCACUGAAAAUCAACAAAUCGCUAGGAAAUGUGGCGAUGGAAUCGUUAGAAACAAGCUUUGUUAACGGUAUUGUGUGAAAGACGUCUCACAUUGUUACUCGAUGAAUGAAAAUAUGCUAACACAUCUCUUGACAAAGUGGCUCGAGAGGUACUCUGCGAGCAGAGGCUACAUUUUCUUGCCUCUGCUCGUAGGGUACUCGAGAGGAGGCCCGUACCUAAGAUCUCAUCCACCCUAAUCCGUUUUCAAAGCCAUCUGUUGUCUUUUUUUCAAUAUCCACACAAGCGCCUUUGUUUCUUUCACCAUGUAUUUUCCUAUAUUUUAGCUUGUAAACGCAGCAGGUCAUGAUCACGGACUUGUGUGAAUGUGAAGGGUAUCAGUCUUGUAAGGUUCCAUUCUUAGACCAAGCGAACCAAAUUAAUCAUCACUCUCUGUAGGUUAAGAUUCAAAUUUAGGAAGAGUUUUACCGCAGGCUCGUACCCAGCCGCUUCUCUGUGUUCACGCUAUGAUUAACGGGAAGGGUUUAGCAGAGAGCCUUUGCGUGUGUCAAUUUUUCUUUCCACAUUCCUGUAAGUAACGACUAGGAACGAGUCCUCUUUUAGCUCACCUGUUUUACACUGGUUGCAAAAACAAAGCCGUAUUAGUCUGGAUGGAGGGUACCACCAAAGAAGUACUUGGAUUGAAUCUAUAUGGACUUAAACAUAUUCGAAAUGUUGAUUGAGUUUGCAUCCCUUAUGGGGUAAAGGACAGAAAAAAAAAACUUGAAAGAAUGUGCAGACGGGAAGGGGAAAGAGGAGAUAGGGGCGUCCUUUAGCCUCCCCCUGCUGUCCCCCUCCUACUUUAAGUUAAUAGUUUGUUGGGGUGCAGCUUUAAACUCUAAUAGAAAAAUCUAUUAACAUGGUGUUAUGUGUUACAGUGCCGAACAAAUCUCCUCAAUUAAUCAGUGCGCAUGCUCGCGAUAACUCGUCAAUAAAUGUAACAUGGACUGGACUCAGGGAGGAAGACUUCCAAGGUGCUUCUCAGGGAUACAAGGUUUUAUACAAGAAAACAGGCAGCGCUGUAAACUAUGAUGUUCUAACAGAAUAUGGUCCCAGCUACACUACCGUGAUCCAGAACCUACUGCCAAGAACAUGGUACACCAUACGAGUCCUGGCUUUUAACGUUCAUGGCGAUGGUGUACCGAGUGAACCAGUAAACGUCACAACAGCAGGUAAAUGGUGUGAGCUCAGAAACCUGCCUGGGCGUUUUUGCUGGAAGGGAGACUAUAUACGACACAAUACAUCUGAUGAGUGUAGACUGAAGAAAAAAAAAGAACUUGGGCGGUUAAAUAGAACGUUUUCGCUCACUUGGCCGACAUCUACACAUAAUUGUACGAAAAAAAAAAAAAAAAAAGAAAAAGUUUAAAAACGAAAAGAAUUCAACUCCCGUGGGAUUAGCUUGCAAACAUGGCCGCUGUUACAUUGUUUUGGAACACCAACAUGGCCGUCGUUACGUCAUGUGAAAUUGAAACAGUUAAAGGAAAUAAGUUUCUGUAGCAUUACACAUUACAUUUUCAACUCUUUUUCACUCUUAAAACUAAAGACGGCAUUCAAGGCACAACACAACAAUUCAAUCCCCUGUUUUAACCAGUCUUAGUUUUCUCCCUUGCUUUUAUAAUUGACGACUUUAACUGUGGAAUCCUGCACUUUGUUCAGUAGUAAACCACCUGAAUGUUACUGGCCACAAUUUAACUUGGAGUAAAAUACAAGUGUACUGGAACCCAGUCCCAGUGGAGAUUCAAGGCUACAAUGUGAGGUACUGGGCCCAGAAGAACGGCGAAGAGUCUGCAAGUAUCAGGAACACAUCAAAGACUGUUCACAGUCUAUCGAUUGAUUCGUUAGAGCCCUUUACGGUUUAUGUUGUGGAAGUGAAAGCCUUGCUGAUUGGGCAAGACAACAUUAAAGGUCAAACACGAGUUUCUACAGAUGAGCAUGGUAAGAACGCGGGAUACAGUUAAAACGCGGCUUAUUAGGGGAGAGAAUUACAUGAACCGGGCUGACUCGAUUUGUCACCUUUUUGACUACAUGACAACCGAGCCAGCCUAGUUAGCCGGGAUCCUUGUAUCAUGAUGCCAAGAUCCCAGCUAACCGGUAGGCAUUCCCAGAGGAUUGCCCCUCCUCCAAUUUUUGUUUGAACUUCUGUUAAAAUUUCAUAGUAAACCCCAGUAACUAAUUUUGGACUCAAAUUUGGAUACAGAUAUUAAAUAAACAUAUAAAUAAUAUACAUAAACAUAUAGCUGUUUUGACAAAAAUCAUUCGGGAGAGACUAAACUGCGCGGAGAAUAUCGAUGAUAACGUAAACAUUUGCUACAUUCAUUUUUCAUUUGUAGUUCCAUGGGCGCCUCCUACGAUAACAUCAGUAUUUAACACAAGCUCCACGUGUAUAUUAAUACAAUGGAGGCCGAUACCUGAUGACCUUGCAAAUGGAAUCCUUUUAGGAUACAAAGUCCUCUACCAGGCAUUUCUUCUAGGUUCUUCUCAAAAUUUCACAUGGACCAACGCUUCUACGACUUCUGUUGAACUACAGGGACUAGAAAAGUUCACGCUUUACCUUGUUGGGGUGUCUGGAUACACAAGGAAAGGCGCGGGAGGGUUUAAGUUAACCCAUCUCAGCACAGGAGAAGAUGGUAAACUCAAUGUUACCUUGGUUUCUACAGUCAAAACCUUAAUGUACGACAAACGACACUGAACCUCCCCUCCCAUCUAUCCAAACACCAAAGACAUUUCAAGAGUAAGACGAUCGUUGAAACCACUCAAAAAUGACCACCCUUCGUUAACCCUUUUAAGUCCCAAUAGUGGCCAACAACAAUUUUCUCCUAACGUUAUCCAUACAUUCUCAAGAGAUAAGUUAUGAAAAUUAACAAAAUGAUCAGCAAAGAGAAAAUGCUUUGAUCUGUUAUCAAAUUCUGUCAACUAAUUUUUCAAGGAAAUAUAUAGAGAUCAGUUUGGAGAAUUUGUAUGUGGAUACUGAAGCUAAAGGAUCAAGUGUCCGCGACCUCGUUUAGGGAGACAGUUUCAGGAUUCCAUUGUUUUGAUUAACGCUUGUAUGGUCUGAUCUCAAUUUUUAUGGUACGGUACUACGCAACUCAGAGCACAAGAGGGACUUAAAGUAAGCUUAUGGCAAUAAAUUAUCAAACCUCCAAGUAGGAGACCCUGUGGUGGAUCUCCUCUCAAAUGAAUCAUUUACAUUUUGGGUGGUCGCUGACGGGAGUUUUGACUGUAUUGUACAGCGCAAUAUCCGGACCUUCAGAUAAUGGGGGAGGGAGGGAUCAUGGGAUCUAUUGUUCUUGCAAAUAUUUUACUCUUAAAAGAGUCAAAUCACAGUAACUAGCACACAAUGGUCUUAACUGGAUAAAUUCUACAUUAAAGCAAAAUCAAAUAUAUAAUUACGGUAGCGAUAAACCUACAAUUAUUUUCGUUCCUAGCUCCAAGCCGCCCUCCAAACAACGUGACUGUCCAGUCAAACGGCACUGGUUUGAUUAACGUAGCUUGGAAACCAGUUGACGAAAAGUUUCUUCAUGGGAUUUUGCGAGGCUACAAAGUUCGCUACUGGGAGCAUGCGCAAGCAGCCUUUACCAAUUGGACUGUGAAAACUAUUACCCACAAUACACUAAGAACUGAGCUAGUUAAUUUAAAACCUGGCACGAUGUAUGGAGUGCAAGUGUCUGCGUUUACCAUCAAAGAUGGCGUUUGGAGUGAAACCGUGAUGGCGAAGACACAACUGGGACGUAAGUUUAAUUUGCGAAAUAACGUUUUGUGCUUUGAAAAACCACGCAUGAAUGGUAACAUAACUUAGAAAAAACACAGACACACACACACUGGCAGGAAAGUGCAACAAACAAAAUAUAUUCAUUGCCCGACAAGAUUCGAACAUAUAAGCCCCCAGUGACAUGACUUGUGAAGGGCACGUCAUAUACAGGGUUCAUGUGUUUUGAUCCGCAAUGCGGAAAGUGCACUUUAUAGAGAUAAUAAAAGAUGGCAAAUUUUAAGCGCGAUAGUGCAUAAGAGAGGUGUACUAAUCGUCGGCAGGUUACAAGCACAGGACAAAAAAAUUAGAGGUGCUCUGUUUUUCAGUUAACUAGUAUAUACCUUAAUUUACUGGUAAAAUUUAUACGUUUAUUGCAGUAGGUUUGCUAGUAAGUUCUAAAGUGCGUCCCUCUGAUGCAGUGUUACUGAUUUCCUCUAGAUCUCCGUCACCCACAAAACGUAACAGCCCAGUCAAUCAGUCCCACCUCUGUGUUAGUAAGUUGGAGUCCAGCCUUAACAGCGUCCGUGAAUAUGAGCCUACAGUACGUUGUCCAGUGGGAACAGAUUGCAAAUGGAGUGAAAAAGAACAUCACUGUAAGCGACAGUCCACACACUAUCGAGGGACUGAAUGCACUAACUAAUUACACAGUAUGUGUGGCUACAGAGUAUCAAGGAGUUAUCACAGAAUGCAGUGAUGAGGUUUUUGUGCAGACU